AUGGCCUUGCGCGCUAAGCGUUUUGAGAUACAUCCGGAACAAGGGCGUCCCAUCUAUCAGACACAAUGUGACAUGCAUUACCGCUGCUUCCGGGAGGCUGAGACUAACAUUCCCUCACGAUUUUCCUCGUGUUUUACCGAUGCAUGUUGUUUGAUUGCAUUGUCCCCCAAGGUAUUUCAGAAAUACGAUUCUGUGAGUCCUGGUGACAUGGACCAUUCUCAUCUACCCUUCGAUCGUAAACUUGACAGGCUCUCUGGGUGCCUCCAGCCACUAAUCUCAGCCUUUGGCCGGCUACCGCCGCGCGGCAUUCGCUUCUGCCGAGUUGCGCGAGGCGUUUGCGUAUCGCUUCGACAGGCCCCGCUUCUGCCUCCCAGUGGCCUCACUAGGCCCAGCCCAUUCGACACGGGGAACGGCCUUUCCAGGCCCAGCCUUUGCCUUUUGGCGGCCUCUCCAGGCCCCGAACUUCCUCAGGCCGGCCUCUCCAGGCCCAGUGGCGGCCUCCCGGCCUCCCGUCCAGGCCCAGCUCCUCCUGCCGGCGGCCUCUGCAGGCCCACGCUGGCCUCGUCUCGGCCUCUCCAGGGGUCGCUCCCUCCCGGCGCCCCCUGCGGGCCCAACCCGUCGCCCAGUCGGCCUCCGCCGGCCCAGCUCCUGCCUCUCCGCGGCCUCCCCAGCUGCCAGGCUUCCUCAGGUCAGCCUCUCCAGGCCCAGCUCCUCCUGCCUGCCACUGGCCUCUUGAGGCCCAGCCCCGCUCACGCCUCUGGGCGGCCUCCUGAGGCCCAGGACUUGACCUCCAGUCGGCCUCCAGGCCCAGCCUCCUGCCUCCCGAAGGCCUGCACAGGCCCAGCCUCUGCCUCCCAGCGGACUCUCCAAGCCCAGCUCUCGCCUGACUGCUGCCUCCCCACGCCAGAACUCCUCCUGUCUUUCGGCCGCUGCCGGCCCCUCCAGGCCCAGUUGCGGCCUCCCGGCCUCCCGUCCGUGCCCAGCUCCUCCUGCUCCCGGCUGCGGCCGCGGGCCCUGCCCCGGCCUGAAGACAACCUCUUUGGACUCGGCUCCGGCCCAGCUCCCGCUCCGCGGCCUUUACUUCCUCCAGCCAGCCUCUCCAGGUGCAGCGCCUCCUCCCGGCGGCCUCUGCAGGCCCACGCUGGCCUCGAGUCGGCCUCUCCAGGGGUCGCUCCUGCUCCCAGCGGCCCCUGCGGGCCCAACUCGUCACCCAGUCGGCCUCCGUCGGCCCAGCUCCUGCCUCUCCGCGGCCUCUCCAGCUGCCAGACCACCUCAGCCUUUGCCUUUUGGCGGCCUCUCCAGGCCCCGAACUUCCUUAGGCCGGCCUCUCCAGGCCCAGUAGUGGCCUCCCGGCCUCCCGUCCGUGCCCAGCUCCUCCUGCUCCAGGCUGCGGCCGCGGGCCCAGCCCCGGCCUCACGACAACCUCUUUGGACUCGGCUCAGGCCCAGCGCCCGCUCCGCGUCCUUUGUAGGCCCCAAACGUCCUGAAGCCGGGCUCCACGGUGGCCUCUCCGGGCCCGGCUCCAGCCCUCCAACGACGUCUCCACGCCUUAGACUUCCCCCAGCCAGCCUCUCCAGGCCCAGCUCCUCCUCCCGGCGGCCUCUGCAGGCCCACGUUGGCCUCGAGUCGGCCUCUCCAGGGCUCGCUCCUGCUCCCGGCGGCCCUGCGGGCCCAACUCGUCACCCAGUCGGCCUCCGCCGGCCCAGCUCCUGUCUCUCCGCGGCCUCUUCAGCUGCCAGACUUCCUCAGGCCAGCCUCUCCAGGUCCAGCUCCUCCUGCGUGCCACUGGCCUCUUGA